AUUUGCUGAAAUUGAAACACUAACAAGAGCCCAGGGUUUAAGGAAAGAAAAACAAAAAACAAAGAUAUGAGCGGAGGAGCUCCUGAUUUUUUCUACAGAGAGGCUCAGAGACUUGGUUAUGUUGCUCGCUCUGCCUUCAAGUUGCUUCAGAUGCAGAAGCAAUACAAACUUAUUACACCUGGAUGUUCUGUUCUUGAUCUUGGUUGUGCUCCUGGUGCUUGGCUCCAGGUAGCUUGUCAGAGCUUGGGUCCUUUAGAAAAUGGUGGUUCUGUUGUUGGAAUCGAUCUCAAGAAGGUGAAGGUUCCUACCCUUUGUGAUUCGAGAGUCCAGACUAUUUCUGCUGAUGUCAUGAACCUCCCUAAAGAUCAAAUCAGGAAACUCUCUCCUCUGCAGAAAGGAUUUUCUGUCAUUCUCUCAGAUAUGUGUCCUAUUGUUUCUGGGAUUUCGACUCGGGAUGCAGCUUUAUCUGCUGAGUUGGGCAUGCGGGCACUUGAUUUGGCUGUUGGCGGGGCUGCCUUGGCUCCAACACGUAAUACUGAAAUUCAGUCAGAUAGCUCUAGUUGUAGUCUGGAGGACGAUAGUGUGCUGAAGCCUGGGGGCAACCUUAUCAUUAAGUUACUAGAAAGUGAAGAUAAUAAAGAAUUCAGCCAGAUCUGCAAACCGCUUUUUAGAAAGUCAUCGUGGUUGCGGCCUAAAGCUACAAGAUCAUCUUCUAGAGAAAUAUAUCUUAUAUGUCAGGGUCUGCGUAGAUCUCGAGUUGCGCCUUAUGCAUAAGACCAACACAUCUCACGGAUCGCCGGUGGGUGCGAUGGCAUACACCUGUACUGGAAAGCUUAUGUUUCUCAAGUGACUACUGAUGUAAUCUUUUUAUAAUUCCUUUCCAUCUGAUGAUAACAAUUGUUUGGGAACUCUCAAGUGUUAUUAAAAAUUACUAUUGGUAACAAGUGUGUUUUUUCAUCAAACAGAUUUGUGAAAUUGACCGAAAUAUCAUUGAAUACGACUUAUUUAUAUCA